AUGGCAACUACAAUGGCAGCAACGUUUCCGCUGGCAUCGAACGAAUCAAGCGUCAAGAUGGAUGCGCUCGUAGAGGAGAUUACCCAGAGUGUCCAGGCUCUCAAAGACUCCCGUCAACAGAGCAAGUCUGAGCCGGCGGAUGCUUCUGCCCCGCUCAAUGCAUCUCCGGAGCUUCAACAGCUGCGCCAGAGGCUAGUCGAGGCUAGCUGGCACCUUCAUCAGCAUGCCUUGGGGCCAGGAGAGUACAUUCUCUCCCUGAGCGUUGGUGUACACUACUGUGCCUGUUUGAAAUGGCUUUGCCGCUUCAAGGUGUUUAAUGGAGUUCCUUUGGAGGGCAACAUCGCCUAUGACAAGCUCGCCGCUGCCAUUUCCGCACCAGAGGGGGCCUUGAAGAGUGUUGCACGUAUGGCCAUGACCAGCGGCCUCUUCACCGAGCCCAUCCCUAACCACAUUGCGCAUUCACCUACCUCUGCCAUGAUUGCGUCAAAUCCGAAUUUGCUGCUUUGGUCUGAGUUCAUGACAGAGGUAGGCAUCCCCACUGCUUCAGCUUUCGCCGAUGCGACGCAGCGAUGGCCCGGAAGUCUUAGCAACACUGAGACGGCCUACAAUCUGGCCUUUGACACACCGUUGCCACUCUUUGAGCAUUUGAAGACACUUCCAACUCGCACUGAGCAGUUUGCUGGCUACAUGAAGAGCGUUACCAAUAGCGAGGGCACCAGCCUCAAGCACCUGGUGAGCGGCUACGACUGGGCGGCGCUCCCUCAGGACUCUGUUGUCGUGGAUGUUGGUGGAUCCACUGGCCAUGGUAGCAUCGCAAUCGCGGAGACAUUUCCCGAUCUGCGCUUUAUUGUCCAGGAUUUAGAGACCAAUGCCGAUGCGGGCCGCGAGUCAUUGGCUAAAGCGGAGAACGAGGCUCAGAAGGAUCUGGCCGAUCGCAUCACGUUCCAGGCACACGACUUCUUCCAGGAUCAGCCCAUUGUCGGCGCAGAUGUGUAUCUGCUGCGCAUGAUCAUUCAUGACUGGUCCGACGAUGACUCAGUCCGUAUCUUGAGCCGCAUCGUGAAGGCCAUGGAGCCCAACAAGACCAAGAGCACCUUGGUCAUUAUGGACUCGGUGCUGCCUCUGCCCGGCCAGCUGCCAGCCACACUGGAGAGACUCUUGCGUUUGCGAGACCUGACUAUGCGCCAGGUUUUCAACUCUAGAGAGCGUGCACCAGAGGAAUGGAGUGCACUGAUGGCACGGGUUGAUCCAAGCCUGAAGCUUGUCAGGACGGCUAAGCCGUUCGGGAGUGUUCUUUCAGUCAUGGAGUGGAAGCUUGAGGAUCCCGUCGCGCAGAUGACUAUGCCGUUGAAUGUAGAGGAACAAGUAGCCAAGGAAGAGAAGGUCACACCCGUAGCUGUGAGCUAG